UUUAUUAAUUGAAACAUGUUGUAUAGUUUGUCUUGGGUUUGCUGGGUAUGUUCCCGGAAUGCUUACUUAAUGCACGAAAAUACAUUGUUGUAUAUGUGCAAUAUAGAACAAUGGUAGUAUCUUUAUAAGGUCCACUAGUGAUUCUGAGCUCCCCACAUCCCAUUUGGACUCUUCAUCAUGACCAAACUGCUGGAGUGGUUGCUGUGCAUCUUGGUGGUGAUGUGCACUUGGGGGCUGCUGACUUUCGACCCGCUGCACCUGAAGCUGCCGCUGGUGUACAAAGAGGUGGCGUGGCCCAUGCCAGUCUAUCUGCUGGUGGUGUUUGGCUGUUACUCUCUGGCCACAGUGGGCUACAGGGUGGCUACCUUUAAUGACUGUAAUGAAGCCGCCCAGGAACUGCAGGCCCAGAUCAAGGAAGCCAAGCAGGACCUUCAGAAGAAAGGACUGAAGUUCUGAACUGUAGUCUGUGAUAUGAGAUCACAUUCCUUCUUUGGAAGAUCACGUUGUCCCUGGUGUAUCCAGUAUGACUUGGCAUUGAGAUGUGCAGUAAAGCGAUGUUGUUUUUCCAAACUCUCGUUAUGAAUCUCAUUGUCCUGUGGGACAGAUGAACUGAAAGUCUUGUUCUGUGACAGGAAUCAGUCACUUGUUAUGUGUUAAUGCAGUUAUCUGUAGCUAUAAAGGGAAGUUUCUACA